GGGAGUGGCCGGGGGAGGCCGGCGGAGCUGGGCUGCCGUGGGGCGCCGCGCUGCCUGAUCGCCCCGGGCGCUGCCUUCCUCCUCCUCCUCCUCCUCCCUCCUCUCCUCCUCCUCCUCCCGCCGCCGCCCGCCCGGCCCGGCCCGGCCCGGCUCCGCUCGCCAUGGGAGAUGUGGUCUCCACGCACCUGGACGAGGGUCGCCGCCAGCACAUCGCGGAGAAGACAGGGAAGGUGCUGGGGGAGUUUUGCCGGUGCUACAAGGAGCAGUACGGAGUAGCGCUCUUCAACAGCGUCCGCUAUGAGAUCGAAGGCAACGGAGGGCCGCAGGCCCAGCUGCUCCACCGCAAGGUCCCGCUGGAAGACCACGUCAUCUACUCGGGCAACCUCUUCCAGUACAUUGAGGAGAACAAGAAGUGGAGGAACCGCUUCUGCGUAGUCCCGCACAACUAUGGCUUGAUCCUCUAUGAGAACAAACUGGCCUAUGAGCGGGAGCUGCCGCCCCGCGUACUGAUCAACAGCGCUGGCUACAAGAUCCUCACUUCUGUGGACCAGUACCUGGAGCUGGUGAACAACAGCCUGCCUGGUGUGACGCCCAAAUCGGGGCACUCCCCCAUCCUGAAGUGCCCCACGGAUUUCCCCCUCAUCCUCUGGCACCCCUAUGCCCGGCACUAUUACUUCUGCGUGAUGACGGGCAAGGAGCAGGAGAAAUGGCGGGCGGUUUUCCAGGACUGCGUGCGGCACUGCAACAACGGGAUCUCCGAGGACUCCAAAGUGGAGGCUCCAGCCUUCACAGAUGCCGUCCGCAUGUACCGCCAGUCGAAGGAGCAGUAUGGCACCUGGGACAUGCUGUGCGGCAACGAAACCCAGGUCCUGAGCAACCUAGUGAUGGAAGAGCUGCUUCCCGAGCUGAGGACCACCAUCGGCCCGCGGCUGAAGGGCAAGGCUCAGGAACGCCAGCGGACCUGGAUCCAGAUCUCAGAUGCUGUCUAUAGGAUGGUCUAUGAGCAGACCAAGGCCCAGUACGAUGCAGUGAUAGCCAAGUGUGAACAGGAGCGGCCCCAGAUGGAGAGCACCAUCCGCACGGACAUGGACCAGAUCAUCACUUCGAAGGAGCACUUGGCCAGCAAGAUCCGAGCAUUCGUCCUCCCCAAAGCGGAGGUCUGCGUCCGUAAUCACGUCCAGCCCUACAUCUCCUCCAUCCUGGAGGCCCUGAUGACGCCCACAAGCCAGGGCUUUGCUGAGGUGCGGGAGGUGUUCUUCAAGGAGGUGACAGACAUGAACAUGAACAUCGUCAAUGAGGGUGGCCUGGAGAAGCUGGCAGAGUACAUGGAGAAGCUUUCCCACCUGGCCUUCCACCCAGUCAAGAUGCAGUCGUGCUAUGAGAAGAUGGACCAGCUGAAACUGGAGGGCCUUCAGCAGCGAUUUGAUGUCUCCAGCACGUCCGUCUUCAAGCAGAGGGCCCAGAUCCACAUGAGACAGCAAAUGGAUGAUGCCGUGUACACGUUCGAGACGCUGCUCCAUCAGGAUCUCGGGAAGCAGCCGGGCAAAGACGACCUGUGCAAGUCCAUCCAGCGCAUCCUUGAGAGGGUGCUCAAGAAAUACGACUACGACAGCAGCACUGUGCGGAAGAAGUUCUUCAGGGAGGCCCUGCUGCAGAUCACCAUCCCCUUCCUGCUGAAAAAGCUGGCGCCGACCUGCAAGGGGGAGUUAGCCAAGUUUCAGGAGCUGAUCUUUGAGGACUUUGCCAGCUUCAUCCUGGUGGAGAACACUUACGAGGAGGUUGUGCUACAGUCGGUGAUGAAAGACAUCAUGCAAGCUGUGAAGGAGGCGGCCGUGCAGCGGAAGCACAACCUGUACCGCGACAGCAUGGUCAUGCACAACAGCGAUCCCAACCUGCACCUCCUGGGCGAGGGCAUCCCCAUCGACUGGGGCGAGGAGUACAGCGGGCAGCCCGAGGCCGAGCCAGCUGCCGACAAGCGCCGCAGGGCCAAGCAAGUGGUGUCAGUGAUCCAAGAUGAUGAGGGGGUCCUGCCCUAUGAGCUGCAGCCCAGCUCCCCGGAGCCACGGGAGCCAGACGAGCCGGACCCUGGGGCACCACCGAGCUCCCCGGAUGGGGUGGAGGAGAUCCGGGAGGCGCUGGCGAAGGAGAGCCUUGGGGAGGGCGUUGGGGCAGAGGAGCGGCUGACGAAUGGUACUAACACCACACAGGAGAGCAGUGCCACCGAGGAGGUGGCAGUGGUGGCAGGGUCUGUCCCAGGUGAUGUCCCCCAAGGUCCAGCCAGUGAGGGGGACAGGGUGCACUGCGCCACGCCGGCAUCGCCUGUCCCUGGAGCCGAGGUCCCACCAGGGGCUGGGGUGCCACAUGCUGCACCAGCAUCACCCAUGUCGGCAUCACCCGUGCCUGGAGCCGCUGUCCCAUCAGGGGCCAGCGUGCAACACGCCGCACCAGCAUCACCCAAACCGAGAGUCAAUGCCCCAUCAGAGGCCGGGGCGCCCCAUGCCACGCCACCAUCACCCGCACCUGGAGCUGAGACCCCAUCACCAUCUGUGGAGGUGGCUUGCCACAAGCCCAGUGAUAAGGAGCCGGGCAAGGAGGUGGCCCCCCCGGGCGGCAAAUGCAGCACCCCGCAGCCCAUGGGCACGACGGAGAGUGGUGAGGGGGUGCAGACUGAGUUCUAGCCCCGGGCCACCCGCCCCGCUGUGGACUGGCCCCGGUGAUGCCGGGGGUUGGGGUGGAGGGAAUAGGACCCGUGGUGCUGCCAGGGAUGGAGAGCAGCGCCGCGGGAAAGGGAGGGGAUGGGAAACACCGAGACCGUAUUGCCUAGGCGGGGCGGGGGGGGUCCCCACUGCUGCACAGGGCUGGCCACAGCCAAGUCGUCCUAACUGGGUCAGAGUGGGGGAGGCCCCGGCCAGGCCCAGGGCACCCCCUGCUCUGCUCUGUCCUUCUUCUGCCUUAUUGUCUUGUUUUCUACUGAAGAGAUGCUUUUAUCCAUGCCCCGGCCACCCAGCACAACAGCCUGGGGUGCUUGGGGGGCUGGCAUGAACCCCGCUAUGGAUGGGUGUGCAGGGUGCUUCUGGCUGCCCCAGGGGGGUCAUCCCCUGCCCCAGCCCGGGGGGGUUUCCUGGGAGCCUGCCCAUCGCCAUCCCACCCAGCCGGCUCUGGGCGUGCCAGUGGGAGCAGGGGGCACAGGGGAUGGGAAAAACGUGAUGGCAGCCAUGGACAUGGUGGGGAUACAGCAAUGCUGAGCGGCUUGAACUGCUGUUGACGGGGCAAGAGCUGGGACAGGCUCACGGCACCCAGCACCCUCACCCUGGGGUCUUCUAGCAGCUAUUUAACUUCAAAGUAAAAACUUACAGUGGCAGGUGGCACUCACACAGUGUCUCCAGCCUUGCCUGGCAGGACUGAGCUGCCUCUGGGCUCAGGCUUGCCGUGCAGCGCUGGGACCCCAGCUCUCACCCUCUGGAGCCCCCCCAGCACCACACACGGAUGAUUUCUCCGGCUUUGCAGGUUUUGGCAGCUGGUUGGAAAAAGAGCUGAGGUCUUAGGGUGGUUUGCCGGCACGUGCAGCAGCCCUGCCCACCAUGGGGAGGGGGAUGGGACCGGCACAGCCCCCACACAGAGAUGUGAAGAGCCCCUGAGCCUGUGGGGGUUGGCAGGACUCAUGAGUGUGACACGUGUGCCCCUGCACCCAGCAGGGACCAGCACCCCAACAUUCGCAUGUAUUUUAGGUGCCACUGUUCCUGCCUCUGAAGGGGAGGUGCCCAGCCUAACCCACUCGGGGAGGUCCCCCAAAGUGCCUUGCUGUGGGAACUUAGAACCUGUCUCUUCCAGGAUAUUUUAUUAAGAAAGUUAUACAAAUGUUUAAAAAUAUGCUUAUAAUAAUUAAUAAAAUGGAAAAGCUUUAUUUAAA